AUGGAAGCUGCCUUAUUGCAAGCCAAAAAGUCUUGUCCUUUCAUUCAUAUUGCUAGUGCUUCGUCUCUUCGUCGACUCACCACCGUUGGUUCGAACCAAGCAAUGAGUCCUUUGAUGGUCAAGGCGCAACAAUGUCCCAUCAUGGGCAAAGCGCUUCACCAAGCUCGAUCUAUUUCUACCACUACUCCAGUAUCGACUGUUCCUUCAAAGCCUUUAAAGGCAACUGCUGUUACUGGCAAGAAUAGCCUCCAUCCCGAUACAAUUGUUUCUGCCACAAGAGCUGCUUCUAUUGUAUCUCAUCAAACGCAGAAGCAUUUUGAUUAUGAAAGCUUUUAUCAAGAAGAAUUGGACAAAAAGCACAAAGACAAAAGCUAUCGUUACUUCAACAACAUUAAUCGUUUAGCUCAAAAGUUUCCUCGUGCCCACACGGCUCGUGUCACUGAUGAGGUGACCGUUUGGUGUGCGAAUGAUUAUUUGGGCAUGGGAAGAAGCCCUAUUUUGAGCGAAACAAUGAAACUUACGUUGGAUCGUUACGGGGCUGGUGCUGGCGGUACUCGUAACAUUGCCGGUAAUGCUGAUCUUCAUUUACGCUUGGAGUCUGAGCUCGCUGAUCUCCAUCAUACGGAAGGUGCUCUUGUCUUUUCCUCCUGUUAUGUUGCUAACGAUGCCACCUUAUCCACUUUGGCUUCUAAAUUACCCGGUUGUGUUAUCUUUUCCGAUGCUCUGAACCACGCUUCCAUGAUUCAGGGUAUGCGUCAUUCCGGAGCCACCAAAAAAAUUUUCCGUCAUAACGAUAUGGAACAUCUCGAACAGCUUCUGCAGUCGGUCGAUCCCAGUGUUCCCAAGAUCAUCGCUUUCGAAUCCGUCUAUUCCAUGUGCGGUUCCAUUGGACCUAUCCGCCAGAUCGUCGACUUGGCCAAGCAAUAUGGCGCCAUUACUUUCUUGGAUGAAGUCCAUGCGGUCGGUAUGUACGGCCCCCGUGGUGCUGGUGUCGCCGAGCAUCUUGACUACGAUUUAAAUGCUGCCCAUCCCACGAUGGGCAACGGCAGUAUCAUGGACGAGAUUGAUAUCUAUACCGGCACGUUGGGCAAGGCCUUUGGCGUCGUAGGCGGUUACAUUGCUGGUUCCGCCUCGUUGGUCGACAUGAUCCGUUCUUAUGCCCCCGGUUUCAUCUUCACGACCUCUCUUCCUCCCGCUGUCGUCUCGGGUGCGAUGGCCUCUGUCAAGUAUUUGAAGGAGUCCAGCGCCGAGCGCCAUCUUCAGCAGAUCCAUACGCGCGAUGUCAAGGCUCGUUUGAACGAUAUCGGCAUUCCAGUCAUUCCCAACCCCUCUCAUAUUGUUCCCGUUCUUUUGGGCGAUGCCGAAGCGGCCAAAUUAGCUUCCGACGAGCUUUUGUCUGAGCAUGAUAUCUAUGUUCAAAGUAUCAAUUACCCUACUGUUCCUGUCGGUGAGGAACGUCUUCGCAUCACGCCCACGCCUGGCCAUAGUCAACGGAUGAUUGACGAGCUUGUUGAUUCUCUCGAUAAGAUUUGGAACCGUCAUGGCUUCAAGCGUGUCAGCGACUGGGCUGCUGAAGGUGGACGUGUAGGUGUUGGUAUGCCUGAAGCAGUCGACCCUGCUCCCAUGUGGACUGACAAGCAAUUAGGUCUUGAAAACGUGGUUGAAAAGAAGCAAGCUGUCAGCAACAUUGUUGUUUAA